AUGAAGCAGGAUCUUUUCGGCCAGCGCCGCGGACACGACUUUGGCGGCCACACCUCGGGGCCGUUCCACCAGGGAACCCAGAGCGACCUUGCAGGACCAUUCAACAACGGACACUCCAACCACCAGGCAAUGGGGAGCAUCCACCCUGAUGAUGGUCAGAAGCAGCAGACCAUGGAACAAGACCAACAGCACAUGUCUCAUGAGCCCCAGCCAAACCGUGGUCACCAGCACCAGCAGAGCUUUGCCAGCGACCGCCACUUCUCCAACGGGCGUCAAAGCAUGACUCCCUCGGCCAACACCCGCCCGCCCCAGCCGCUGAACAACUCUCUACUCGAAGCUGCUCGUCAGCUGGACAUGAACACUGAAAAGAUCGAGCAGCUGGAAAGCCACAUUGCGGACCUUAAUGCCCAUGCCGACUCGAUUGAAAAGGACAACGCCCAGCUCCGUGAGCAUCUGCAGGCCGCUCAAAAGCAGACCGAGGAGAUCAAGGCCUCAAAGGAUGGUACUGUGAAGAUGGCCAGAGACCGCUUCAAGGAACUGUCCGAAAAGUUCGCGGAGACGCACGGAAACCUCAACGACCUCCGCCAGACGUUCCACCGCCAGCAGGCCUCGACCUUGGCCGACCUUAAAGAGGCCAUCAAGGAUAAAGAUACUCUGGCUCGCGAGCUUGAGAGCUGUCGCACUACACUCACGACAGCGGUCGAGGUCGCCACGUCCAGUGCCCAUGCAGCCCUUGAUGACCUCAAGGCCGUGCAGGAGGAACGCGAGACAGUCGUAAAGGAGAAGAAUGGAGAAAUCAAGGCACUCAGACUCGCACUUGAGAACGAGGAGUCGCACAACAAGCAGCUCGCGGCUCUUCACGACACCGUCACUGUUGCAUUUGGUGGCGACAUUACAACGUUUGGCAGUAACCUGGCUACCGUCGCCGGCAGUGGCCUCCUCUCUGCCAACGUUGUCACCACUCUACAGGACCAGAUUGGGCAGUAUCGCUCCGAGCUUAACAAGGCCAAUGAGCGCCGCGAGGAAGCGUUGUUGACCAUUGAAACCCUUCGCCAGGAGUUUAAGGACCUCGAGAGUGCCCACGAGGAGGCCAGGGAGAGCCUCAUUGCCCAGGUUUCGGAACAAACGGCUGCCAUCGCGUCCAUCGUGGCGGAGAACAAGCUCGCGAGCAUGGAUGCUUCAAACGAAAUUGAUUGCCUCAAAGCUGUCAAUAAAGCCUUGGAGGAGAAGUCGGAUAUCCUUACGGCAAAGCAUGCCCGGCUCGAAGGCAAGAUGAAGGACGCUGCGCUCAGCCAUCGUGAGGCCGUCGCUGUCGCCAGGACCGAAACCAUCGCCAGCCAAGCUACCCUCGAGAAGGAAGAACGCGACGCCAAGGAGUACAAGAAGGCAGCCGAGCACAAGUUUGAGUCGUACCAGAGGGAUAUCCAGACCCUUAAAGACACCAUUACCCAGGCUGCGCACGCCGAGAAGGUCGCGCAGGCCCUCGCUGCUGAGCGUACGACUGUGCUCACUGAGGCCAAGAGUGAGCUCGGUACCGCUCGCAAGAGUAUCCAGAGGCUCGAGAAGGACAUUUCAAAGCUUGAGCAGCAGCUCGCGAGCUCUCAAGACAGGUGCAAGCUUCUCCAGAACGAGGUUAUCACCGUCCAGAAGGAUCUCGACACUGCCCACGAGUCCGCCAAGGCUACCCAUGAUAUGAGUGCCAAGUCGCGGGAGCUUCAAAAGAAGAUUUCCGACCAGGCUGCCCGCCUCACGGACAAGGACUCUCACAUUGCCACCCUCGAAACCCUUGUCAAGGCCAAGAAUGACGCUGCAGACAGCUUGGCCAGUCAACUCAAGGAAAUCAAUGACUCGGCAGUUGACGAGGCCGUUGCGCGUGACGCAGAGAUCCAGGAUCUUCGCAGGCAGCUGGACAAGAAGUCGACCGACCAAAAUGCCGCAGCCUUACAUUACGCCGCUGAAGAAGCCAAGCUCGUUGACGAGUUGAAGAAGAAGGAACAGGAACGCCUUGGCCUCCAGUGUUCACUCGACCAGGUCACCGCAAGCGUGCCAGCGGGAACUUCGCUCAUUCGCUACCAGCGCGGCGAGAUGGUUGCCGCUGACAAGGAGUUCCUCCAGGCCAUUGAGCUGUCCUUCCAGAAGACGAUAACCGAGCGGGAAAACCAGAUCCACGAGGUAACAUCACAACUUGAACACGCUAACAAACAGCUUCAGAACAAGGUCAGGAAGCUCGAAGAGGCCAGGAAGACGGUCACCAUGACCCCGGUUUCGGUGCCCCCUCGCGUCGUCAUUCAAGCUCCUCUGUCGUCGCCGCUCUCUGACCUAGAGGGAACCAAUACUGCCCGCACCCCGACCCCGGCGCUCCCUGUCCCAGGCAAGCGCAAGCUGGUCGAGCUCGACAGCAACACGGACGUGGUCGACGAGAUCCUUGGCGACGGUUUCGACGGCGACAUGGACCUUCACACCGCGGGACCGAGCAAGCCCAAGCCCAAGCCCCCCACUGGCGCUGCGGACGUGACCAAGGCGGCACCUUCAGCCCCUCCCCCUCCCUCCCCCAAAGCCCAGCCCAACCCCAAGGCCCAGCCCAAGAAGUCUGCGCUGAAAAAGACCACCAGCGCCAAAAAGCCCAACGUCGCCACAACCACCACCACCCGUCGCCAGUCGGUCCGCCUCAGCUCCCUGCCCAUCCGCGACUCGGCGUCCCCCGCACCCCCCGCUCUGAAGUUUACUAUAUCGUCGGCGUCGGUGUCCGCGUCGACGCCGGCUGCCCAGAUGCCCAGCACUCUGCUCCCGCCCUACAUUGCGUCCAACGCGCCGGCUUCGGGCAGCAGUGGCGGCGGCGGCGGCGGUGCUGGUCCGAGUGCCCUCGCCAUCGCCAGCGCGAGCGCUACCGCUGCUGCCAACCAGGCCGCAUCGUCGUCGACCCCCGAUUUGGCCUCGGGCUCGGGCUCAGGCUCGGGCUCCGGCGGCGCCGGCACGCACCCGCCUCCCGCGUCGCAGAACCCCAAGCGCAAGAAGGUCGUCAACACCUACUGA